ACGACGCAGAGAGGGACGACAUUCAGGACGCCCUCGAUGAGGAGGAGCGCCACGAGGGUGGGGCCAGGGAGGGGGCGGUGGCAGACGAGGCAGUCGGAGAGCCUAACCUGCCAGGGGAGGAUGGUGGUGAUGACGUCGAGAGGCGUCGGUGGAGCGAGUCCUGCUACUAGGGCGUCGCGAGCUGAGGUGGAGCGCGCGAGGAGGGAGAAGAGGACAGUGGGGCAGGCUGGCGUCGAGGUGCCAGACACGGGUAGGGAGAAGAGGGUUCGGCAGACCACGAUUGACGAGAUGUAUGCCAGGGAGAAGUUGGCCGAGUUCACAGACGCGUGGCUUCAGUGGAUCUACGUGAAGAAGUUGCCAUUCAACGCCUUCCGUGGUCCGAAGUUCCAGAGGGUGCGGCAGGCAGCAGAGAGAGUGCCUUGCUCUACCCAGUUCCGGUUUCCCUCCUACACGGUUACAGCGGGCGCCAGUAUCCCUUCGCAGAGGGCGAAGGUGGCGACGAUGGUGAGCGAGGUGCGCGCCACUUUCCGGCACAGCAGUGCCACUAUCCUUUCUGACGGGAGAAAGUCGCGCAGCGGCAAGCCGCUCGUGAACUUCCUCGCCGGGGGCACCAACGGCGCCCUGCUGUACGCCACCGUCGCACGUGACGGGUCGGUCCGAGACACAACGGACGUCGUGUACCGUAGGUGGCGGGCCAUCAUCUUGUCUUUUCCUGCAAAGGACGUGAUCGGCUUCUGCACAGACUCCGCCAGUAACUAUACGGCGGUAGCCCGCAGGUUCGCCACAGACCCCGAGCCUAAGAUCAGGAGGAUCACUUGGCUCCCCUGUUCCACCCAUGUCUGCAACUUGAUGUUGUCAGAUAUCGCGACGCGAGUGGUGUGGGUCAAGGAGACCAUCAUCCACGCUCGAGCGCUUGUGCGAUUUAUUAAAUCGCACGGCACUGCUCACACCCUUUUUAGGAAGGUGAGCCCUCGCGUUCAGCUCGUCGAGCCCAUUGAGACACGGUUUGCAUCAGUUUUCCUGAUGCUCACGUGUCUCAAAGGCCGACGAGACGUGUUGGAGAGCAUGUUGCACGGGGAUGCUUGGGCACGCAUCCCGUGGGAUCGCGCCCACGUAUCUCAGGCACAGUGGCUGCUGCAGCAGCAGAUCCGGGACGGGGAGUUUUGGCAGCGUGUCCAUUACGCCAUCCUAGUCAUGUCGCUCGUCUACCAGCUGCUGCGCAGAAUGGAUAGAGGUGGGAUGAUGAUGUCCGUCGUUUACGAGAGGAGUCAGCAUCUGCUGCAGUUGAUGAGCAGGGUCGGCGUGCCGACAGACAUGAUCGAGCCGUGCGUGCGUGAGGUUGCGAUCUGCAACCUCCACAUGCUAGAGCCCGCACAUGUCGUGGCCUACCUCCUCAACCCUCGUCGACGGUCCCUCACGUAUUACCAUUCGCUGGAGACGACCACCGACGGCCGUCGUAUGGUCGAGGAGUGCGACAAAUUUCUCCUGGCGCAGACAGGCGGUGAUCCGGUUGGCUUAUUGUACAGGACCGUGAGGGACCAGAUGAGGGCGUUCCACUCGAGGCGAGGGGAUUGGGGAGACCGUGACCUCUCCGAUGCCGAGGCGACCGAUUGCAGGGGGGAUAGUGAGACCGAGCGAUCUGCAGCGUGGUGGUUCGAGCAUGGACAUGCCCACCCGGAGUUGCGCACCAUCGCCAUCCGUGUCAUACACUUGUGGACGUCUGCCUCUCCAGCGGAGAGGAACUGGGCGGAGCACGAGCGCAUCAGCACGGCGAGGCGCUGCAAGCUUGGGUUCACCAAGCUUGCACAGCUGGUUGAGAUUGCCACCAAUCUCAAACUGGCCUCAUGCGCACGGCAGGGUGGUGGCCACGUGUUGCCAUGGGUUAUGGGGACCGGUCGGGGGGGGACGGCGACAGAGGAGGAGGAUGAGGAGGGAGAUGUGGAGCCCGAGCGACAGAUUGUCGCUUUCCGUGACAGCCGACCAUCCAGAGCCCGUUCGGUUCGGGACGUGUUCGGCAGCAGAGCGACGGAGCUGCGACCGUGGCCGGAGGGUGGGGAUGAUGUGGACGCUGUUGCGGCAGGCGACGACAUCGAUGACGACUGGACUGACGAUGAUGAGACGCCGCUGAGUCGCGACCCGACGGCUGAGCGAGUGUACUUCACUUACGGUGGGGGUCGUUACGACAUGGAUUCACACACAUCGGUUAUCACUGGUGGUGUGCCGUCGACUGCGCAGGCGAGUGGCAGCAGCAGAGCCGGCGGUGGUAUUGGAGGAUGUUCGCAUGCAGAGGUUCGCAUGGACGACUCAGGGGAGCAGCAGCCACUGGGAGGUCUUCGGAACAUAGGCAGGCGUUGGGAGGACUUCGAGGACAUAGGGCUUGGUGGGAGCUUGGGAGAUUUGAGUGUCGAGGGACGUCGAUGUGCCUCACCGCAGGAUGUGCGCACAGACGCGGACGUUGAGCGAGGCCCUGUUGAGACUGAGGAGGAGAGGGAUGCCCGUUUGGACCGAGAGGAGGAGGAGCAGCUGAGGAGUUUGCCACAGUGGGAGGGUCGGUUCAAAUAUCUCGACGAGCAGCGUCGGCAGAGGGACUUGGAGACAGGAGGGGGGGGGAGCCGUGACGUCGACGACGCGGGUGUCCCUGAGGAGGCGGUUCAGGGGGAGUUCGAUUAUGAGGGGCAGGAUGCCGCCGCGGGUGGUGGGUCAGUUGGUGGACGACGCGGCGACGAGGAGACCGCGGGUGUCCCUGAGGGGCACGAUGUUGUCAUGGGCGUGUGCGGCGGAGGAGAGGGUGGACCCGGUGGAGAUGGGGACACCGCGGAUGUCGGUGGAGAUGAUGGAUCGGACGACGAAGAUGACGACGACCACAGUCCCGAGGAUGAUCCGUAUAGGCUCGCCUUGGUGUUGAGGGAUCCCACAUUGCCUCUGUUGCGCCAUGCCGACACAAUGCACACUUUCUUCGACGCCGACGCUUUGGCGCAUGCGUUGACAGAUAACCCUUUCGCACACGUGAGCUGCAAGAGCGGCAAGCAACGGGCCCCUGAGAGGGUGUAUUCACCGCGACCGCUCACAGUGCAGAGCCCUGACUGGUCGGGUUCGUUGCUCAGCGACGUUAGAGGGAGGGAGUCCGGUGCGGGUGAGGUGGGGUCCGACAGACGCAGCGACGGCGGCAGAGAUAGUGCAGGAUCGAUGCCUCCACCGCCCGCACGGACUCCAGAGGCCAGGGUCGACACCGGGGACCGGACGGUGGCACCCGGAGUUGCGCACAGUGGCGGUUCCCCGCCGCCAGUCCGAGGAGGUGUGGGUGGCGGAUGGUCAGCUGUUCGUCGGGUCGGGGACCGGUUGCGGGCGGAUUACGACGCCGGGAGGGGCGUCUUCACGGGACGUACGCCUGUUCAGACGCAGGCUGCGGAGGGUGGGUCCGGACGUCCGAGCCGGCAGAUGGCAGGCCGCAUGCUUGUGCAUGACCCUUCGUUCCCGACUCCUUUAGCAACAGUACGCCUUACUGUAGAAGAAAAGGAGUAUCUUGAAAUGAUUACCGACAACACUGAAGAGAAUGAAGAAUACAGCAUUGUCGAUUACAAGGGGAGGUGGAAGGUGGAAAAGAAAGACGUCAUGGUCGCCGCCAAGGAUGAGGAAUGGUUAAAUUAUGAAGUCGUCAAUUUGUACUUGCUAGCCGUUCAGAUCACCAAUGACUACAUCAAGAAGGUGGAUUCGACAUGUGCCGAAGUGGCGUAGCAUUUCAUCUGUGUAUAUUCUAAAUUUUUUUUUCUUUCCCAGAUUGUCAAAAACUCGGUCCGCUGAAAUCGCAUA